CCAAGACCAAGUUUCAAUGGCUGCAGUUGUGUGCUCAGAAUUACAGAGUAGAUAUGGGACUCCGGGCUCUUCAUUUGUCACCUUCACCUAAUGGCCUCACUUCACUAGUUGGGGUUAAGCAUCACUUUUCUAAGUCUAACUUCAGGCCUAGCAAGGUCUCCAGUUUCAGGGUUUCAGCCGAGAAGGAAGAGCCGGAGAAGAAGAAUAAGCAAUCAUUGCUUAGCAGUGUAACUGAAGCUCUUGAUUUCUCUCAAGUAAGGUCUAAAGAAGAUGCUCAACUUCUUGAGGCUGCCAGAGAAGCCACCAAGUCCGGCGGCAGGAUGAGCAGGGAGCAGUACGGAGCUCUUAGAAGGAAAAUUGGAGGGACAUACAAGGACUUCUUCAAAUCCUACAUUGAUGUGGAUGGGCAAUACGUAGAAGAAGGGUGGGUUGACAAGACAUGCAAGGUGUGCAAGAAAGAUACAAGGGGUGAGGCAAGGCAAGUGGACAAGUUUGGAAGAUAUGUUCAUGUUGCUUGUUUGGAGAAAGCCAAUUCUGGAAACUUUUUUACCAGACUCUUCUCUGGAUGAACACGAAGAUAAAGAGGAAGAGGAGAGGCCAAUGAUCAUGUAAUAAUAAAAAAAAAUUAAAAAAGCUGUCUUAAUUUUGUGUAAAGAUGCAAGUGAAGAUCACACAUACCACAAAAAUUAACGUAGUUUGUAUUUUUUUUUUUUUAAAUAAAGCGAGAUUGAACUCUAAUGUCAAACGGUUGCAAUAAAAGAAGUUUUAUUGUACCAUUAUCAAUUAAAUUCAAAAUUAUCUUUGUACGAAACAAU